AUGGCAACCAAGAGCAUCAUCGUCACUGGCAAUGCAGCCGCCGCCACCCCCACCGUCCACGCCAAGUGUUCAGGGCCAAAAGCAGCCGACGACGACCCAGUGUCCCCCUUCUCCGCGCAGCUCAGGUGCGCGUGCGGCCACUGCCUCCGCUUCGCCGCGGCGGCCGUCGUGUGCUACAGCUUCGCGGCCACGGCGUGGCGCGUGCGUCACGACCCGCAGGACCUGGCCUUCGUCGCCGCCGCGGCCUCCCUCCUCGCCGCGCUCCUCGCGUGCCUCCGGCGCGCCGAGCGGCUCGCGCCGGACUCGCCCGCGGCGGAGAGGCGCCGCGUGCAGGCCGCCGUGUGGGCGCUGUCCACCGCGCUCAGCUGCGCGUUCGCGUACCGCGUGGCCGCGGUCAUGCCGCCGCCGCUGGCUGUCCUCGUCUGGUGCAUGACCGCGUUCGUCGGCCUCGUCGGUUUGUAUCUGCUUGUGCUCUGCAGAGACCAACAGUAUCAGGCACUCCCCGACGACGAUGCCGCCAUCGCCAGCGACAGAAAGGCCUCUGCCAAGAUUAGUCGUACUGAUGAAUUGGUCUAG